AUGAGAAGGACCGAAGUGGACUCUCCAAUGAAGGAGGUCCUCCCUGGCAUCCUCAUCUCCCAGGUAACUGUAGUUCACCUUUGGCCUCGAAGCCAUCAGUCGCUCACCUUGGUAAGUUGUUUCGCCUCCAGCAGGACCGGAAGAGAAGGGAGGCAGUAUGAAAACUAAGACUGUCUCUUCCAGCACGGCUUCAGGGGGAGGGCUAGGGAAGCGGCCAGCUGAUGAAACCAGCAGUGGGGAUGAAGCCAAGGACCGACCUGCACCUCCUAAAGUGCACAAAACAGGAUUUAGCAUCAGUCAACCUGUGAAGAAGCCUGCCCCUAUCUCCAUCAAGUUGGGAGCCAGUAAACCCAAAGAACCUGCCUCUGCCUUACCUGCUAAGAAACCUGCUCUCGCAGCCGUUUUCAAUGAGGAUGAUGAUAGUGAACCUGAGGAGAUGCCUCCAGAGGCCAAGAUGAGGAUGAAGAACAUUGGCAGGGAUACACCCACAUCAGCUGGACCUAAUUCCUUUAACAAGGGAAAACAGGGAUUUUCAGACCAUCAGAAACUCUGGGAGAGAAAACUAAAAACCCAGACAGACCAGUAGCUCUCUGGAAGGGAAUCAGUUGUGAUACACAGCUGUUCUAUGCCUCUGUUGUUCAACGCUGUAAAAAAUGUAUAUACAUAAUGGGACAUUUCAGCUGUGAGGCUUUUUUUUAAUAUAGAUAUUUUGUUUUUGGGGUGUGUGUGUGUGUGUGUGUGUGUUAUUUACCACUCAGUGGUGAUUCUGAUUGAGCAUCAUGUAUUGUAAUGUGAAUUUGGCCAUAAACAAUAACACUCUGCUUGUAUCACAGAACACCAGUAGUUUGUUGAUGUGCAGUGUACUAGCUGAAAUCUCACCAGAUGUGCCACCUCAAGUCUCCCGUCAUUGAUCCUCUGUUUUCUCUGAGUAGCAAACACUUGGUAGGAUUAUAAUUUAGUAUGAAUAGGAAAUUAACAUAGGCCAUGAUAAAAACAUUAGAUGGCAGACGAAGAUAAAAUAUGAAAUCAUUCAUUGAAUAUGAGGAAAGUGCUGAUAACUGUUAAUUUGCACUGCAUAUUGUAACAUGUUUUAUUUUUUCUUCUAUACAUAUAGGAGUACACAUAUUUUCAGGAGACUGUUAUAUAUAUUUUGUUGAUUUUUGUUUUCCACUGGUGAAUGUUUACAGCUCAAUCUGUAGGCUGUUUUUCUUUUGUG